AUGGCGACCCGCUUCCCCAGCGCCCUCCCCCGGCGCCCAUCCGCUAUACCAACCACGACCACAAUCACCACCUCCCACACCCCCCUCUCCCACACCCCCUCCCGAGCCGCGACCAUAAUCCGCCGCCCCAGACGCCCCUACACCUUCACGCAGCUAGUCCAACUAUCCGACGGCAGCACCUACACCAUGCGCACCAGCUCCCCUGUCGGUUACUACAAGAGCACCAAGGACACGCGCAACCACGUGCUGUGGCAGCCGAGCGAGAAGUCGCUGCGCAACGUCGAGGUCGACGAGGCCGGCAAGCUGGCCGCGUUCCGCGGGCGCUUUGGAAGGGGGUGGGAUGCUGAGAAGACUGGGGAUGGUGGGGAGGAGGGGGCUUCUGCUGCUGCUGGAGAGGGAGUUGGAGGGGAGGCUGGCGCUGAGGCGGGAAGGAAGGAGGAGGGUACUGGGGAUUCGCUGGCGGAUAUGAUCGCUGGGUACUCGACGCCGCAGCAGAAUAUCAAGGAGGACAAGCCGCUUCGCAAGAAGAAAUAG